AAGAUUUUUUUUUUAAUAAUAUGAUUUUGAUUACUGAUCAAUAAUCAUGAAUUUGUAUAACCCUUCAAGGUUUUCACCUCUUCCUCCAGAACCAGUUGCUCUAAACUAUGGUCAUGAUGCAAAUCAUGAAAUCCCUCUGCUGCUGUUACUAGACCCAGUUUUGAGGAUAGUGUAUUUACCUAUUUCCAUCUCCACGCAUGUCAGUUUGCAAUUGUAUUCUGAAAUUCAGCGGUGAUUAUGGUUUUCUGAUUUGCAUUGUUCAAAUUAUCCGAGGAAUUGAAGAGGAAAGAGAGGAAGAUUGGUUAUGGCAGUUGAACUUAACCAACGGUAGGAGGUAUAUAUAUCAAGGAGAUUGAACUUGUGACACAUGUAGACUUUUACAACUUGCACUCAUCUGUUUCUUUUGGGACCUACAGCAUGGGAAGUGAAGCUGAAAGAAAAAGCUUUAGCAAGAGGAUUGGUUCUAUGCUUUUUCUAAAAUGACAUAGCUGCUACUGUAACUUGCAUCAAAGGGGAAGGUUGGAAGCCAGGUGGUAAUGAGAACUGCAUCAAUUAAUCUUAUCCAAUCCAAGAAGCAUUAUCCUGGGGAAUUGGAUCUAGUCUUGCCAUCAUGGAAAUAGUUCGCAACAUCUUACAAGAACUAAAGAUCAACCAUCACAGUUUUGAACGUCACACAAUUGUUAAAAGAUCAGAAAGAUGCUCAUAUUUGUUUAUGGUGAAUAGAAGAGCAGACUCUUGACAGGGAAAUUAAGAAUGUAAAAUCAAGGUAUUUAUAAAACAAAGAAUGAGUCUUCAUUUCCAAAUCAGUUUGCUGCUAAGCCAUUUCCAAAUUAGUUUCCAAAUCAACUAUCGAUCUUCUGAAGAGGAAAAAAAUAUUAGGCUUGCAACCAUCCAAAUGUGCUGCUCUUUAUAAAUUUUUUGGCCUAGCUAACUUGGAUAUCUAGUGUUCAACUUUGUUCAAUUUUCUCUUCUUAAUCUAAAGAAAAUACACCCAGCAAUUGCCUAGCUCGUGCCUAUUUAAGUUGUUUCCUCCCCUUAGUUGGCUCAUCAACUCCUCGCAUCAGAAAUUAAACCUGCUCCUACUUCAAAUAAUUUGCUUUGCUUGGCCCAAGUUGGUUAUCAGUGUUCAACUUUACCUAUUUCUUCUGCUAAUCCUGCAUGAAGUAUUCUUGAACCUCUUUUAUAAGAAAGAGUAGGCUUGCAAUUGCGAUCAAGCAGAUCUGAUGUAUGCUCCUUUCUAAUUUCCUGGGCUUAAUUUGUUUCUUAAUGUCUAAUUUCUUCAAAACCCUCUUCUAGACCUACAGGUACGCAAUUCCGUCAAUUAUGUUCGCUUUGAAGUGCAUCAUAAAAAAGCAUGUAACUUUUUAUAUCCAAAAAAUUAAAUAAUUUUCUUAGAUCUAAUAGUCUCAUGCCCGAGCUUUUUACUCCUUUUUUUUGGAAUUAUUACUUUGAAAACUUUGUUCUACCUGAAUUGAAUUAACUAAAACAUUUUUUUAAUAGAAAUUUCAUUUAAACGGCAUAUAUAGUUUUAAGAUAGUCUUUCGUUUAAUUUUUUUUUUCUCAUCAUAUUCUUAUUUUUAAUUUUUAUUUUUAAGGAUUCCUCAUUGUACUACUGUUUGAUUUUCCCUAAUUAAUUUGUGGCUGCCUAAUUGAUAAUCUUGUGUCGUCUCCCUUUUUUUAAGGCACUUAAAGUAAAUUAAUAUAAAAGUGUAUGCCUUGUAGUGAGAAUAAUGUUUUUUCUUUCAGAAAAUAUUCAUCGUUCGACCUAAAGAAUAGGCUUGCAAUUGCAAUCAAGAAGAUCUGCUGUUUGCUACAUCUAAUCUGCGGGGUUCAAUUAAAUAAGAGGUAUUUGAUUAACUGAACUUGUCCAUUAACCAGGCAUUUUAGUUUGGUUAACCGAACCAAACAUCCACUCCUAGCCAUAUCAACCAUUAGACUUAGGCACCAGACUUUAUAGGUAAGUGGGUUGGUAUACCCAAUGUUUUAACCAGUACUAAUGUUUGAACCACGGUAAUGCCAUGUAGUUAUCACCAGUAGAACAGCUCAAGUAUGCAAUUAUUUGGGUUGUAAGAUUGUUAAAGUGCAGCCUCUUUCAGCAGAGGAGUCUUUAAAUUUAUUCCUCAGCAGGGUUGGACACGAUGUUUUACAAGUUGCAGGAUUGGAAGAAAUUUUGAAGCUUAUUGUGGAGGAGUGUGCCGGUUUACCACUAGCAAUUGUUGUAAUAGCAGGGGGCAUGAAGGGAGAAGGUGAACCUAAUAUU